CGCGCCCAAGCUCUGCGCUACCAUGGGCCUUUUCAAGCGCCUCUCGCUCGCCGCCAAGGGCGGCAAACCCUCGGCCGCGCCGACCCAGCCCUCGCAGCCCGCCCCCACCUCGGCGCCCUCCUCCUCGCGCCGUCCCGCCGCCGCCGCCGCCGCACUCGACAAGCCGACCGAGGACGCUCUGCGUGCGCUCGCGAGGUACGACACGGUGCUGCUCUGCGACGAUUCCGGUUCAAUGGAGCCCAUGUGGGAGACGGAGCUCGCGCCGGCGCUCGCGGCUGUGGUGCGCACCGCGGUGCGCUACGACGAGGACGGCGUCGACCUCGCCUUCUUCAACUCGCGCGUGACGCACACGAGCACGAGCGCCGACGACCUGCUCGACGUGUUUCGCCGCGUGCGCCCGAGGAGCACGACGCCGACGGCCGACGCGGUGAAGCGGGUGCUCGAGCCGUACAUGCGCAGACUCGAAGAGUGGCAGUCGACGGGCAAGAGUGCCGGCGCGCCGCGACCUAAACCACUCAACCUCAUCGUCCUCACCGAUGGCGCACCCGACAAGGGCCAAAGCCCCGAGGACGUCCUCGUCGACGUCGCAAGGCGGCUCGACAAAGGGCGCUUCCCGCCGUUCCAGGUCGGCUGCUCGUUCGUCCAGAUCGGCAACUACUCGGAUGCGGCAGAGCACCUGCGCAGCCUCGACGACGACCUCAAGCAGAAGCAUGGGAUCCGGGACAUGGUCGACACGACGCUCUUCGAGGGCGCGUGCGACGCCGACUACCUCCUCAAGGCGCUCCUCGGCGGCAUCAACCGCUCGAUCGACAAGCGGAACUGAGCGGCGGCAGCGGCGGGGCUCGAGGGGCGUGUGUCGUUCCGCUUCGCGAGGUCCUUGUACGACUCGUCGUCUGUCGCCUG